UAUGGACUCUUGGUAUGACUAUGAGUAUGACUCUGAGAAACAUUAUCAGAAUAGCGAGAUUCAACCCUCAUAUCUCAGUUCUGUCUGGGACCAAGCCACUCGUUUCAGAUAGUUUCCACCCAAGAUUGACUUGGAGUCGUAGAGGUAUCCCCUUCGCACCAGCUGCAUCCUUCUCUUCAACUGUACGACAUUUGAAUUUUUCUGCCGAUACGAUGACCUCCCCUGCCACUACACCCGAGGAAGUGCUGGAUUUCUGGUUUUCCCUAGCUCCUGAGGAGCACUAUAAGACUAAUCCGGAGUUGGAUGAGAAAAUUCGUGCGAAGUUUAGCCAGUUACACGAGCAGGCAUGUGCUGGACAACUCAACUCCUGGAAAGAUGGUGCUGAAUCAUGCCUGGCACUGACAAUUGUUCUGGAUCAGUUUUCCAGAAAUAUGUUCCGUGGUACAGGCGAUAUGUAUGGCAAUGAUGUGUCAGCGUUGGCCAUAGCCAAGCAUGCAGUGGACAAGGACUAUCACAAGUGUCUCCCAUUCUCCCGUGCGGGUUUCUUUUUCUUACCGUUCAUGCAUAGUGAGGAGUUGAAUGAUCAGCACCAGUGCGUGCAGCUCUACCGUGAUGUGUGCGAUUCAGAAGGAACACCAUCUGCGGCUUCAUUUGGAUUGGAGUACGCCAUAAAGCACAGGGACAUUGUCGAGCGCUUUGGCAAAUUUCCACAUCGCAAUGCGCUGCUGGGCCGCGAGUCGACGUCAGAGGAAGUGGAGUUUCUCACUCAGCCUGGAUCGUCCUUCUGAACAGUGGUCAGUGAUCAGCACUGAUAGAAAUACACCAAUAUGCCAUGUGAUCAUGACAUCAUCAUGAUGUCGAUGCAAACGGCCAACAUAUAUUGCCGGUAUGAAGAAAGUAUGAAAUGACCUACGGUGGGAAGAGCUUAGCUGCUAUGUGUUUGGAUAUUAAACACUGCAUCUAUUCAAGAACCACCAUGUCGGGACACUUUAACACCAGCGUAUUCUAAUGCACCUCGAGAUCAGGGGAAGUUGUCAUAACUUGUUCUUAUUCAACUGAAGGACCUGAAGGAGAAGUGGAAUUCCAACAUUCUACCAUCAGCUAGCUGCCUGCAGAUCCAGUACCAUCAUAUAGUAUAAUAUGAUAGUAUUUAGGAGAUUGAGCAAUCUAUGCUUUCUCUGUGCAAUCUUUAUCAUAAUAUUUCUUCUUUGUUGUCUGAUGAUUGGUUUUUACCAUUAAACUCUUGAGUAACAAUGAGCCCUAUUUAAGUACCGCUAGCAUAUCCGUGCUCAAGGACUUGUGAAGCACAUUCAUGAGGCCACUAUUAACUCCUCAGCAAUGGCGUUAAUGUUGUGCAUUGCAAUUGUAGGCUAGGCUAGUUGAUUGCCACCUUGCUUCUGGUGCGGCAUGGCAUGGGUCUAAUGACGCUCAACUGUAGUACUGUCUGCAUCAAUAGACAGCUUUAAUAGGUAUUAUUUCAAAUUACUCUUCUAGUGCUCUUACUUAGUGUUACAUGUUCUGUGUUAACUUCUGAACAGAA